AUGCAGUACACCUACGAACCGGGUGAGGCGAGCAAGCACUCCUUGAAGGAGCACCACGCACUCGCGAAAGCUGCUACAGAUGGCGAGGUCUACGCGGAGUCAGAUUUGCGGUUUAUCGCAGAUGAGGUAGCUUUUAUUCCAUUUGAAUUUGUUUGUUAUCAUGCACUUCAAGUUUCGGCAUCGGGAUCGGCAAGCAAAGCCAAGCAGGGCUACAGGCAUUGGAGCUCGCCUUUCUUCAUAUCUGUCCGUCUCCUCCAAUCAUCAGGUUAUUCCGGGUCUCUUUCGACACACGAGACAGGCACGGUUUCUCCGACGCGGUUGGGUGGUAGAACUAGGCUUGAUUCUCUUCAGCCUGAUGGCAGCUGGGCUCGAGAUAACGCACCAGUGCGCUUUCAGCGAUAUACUGGCACUAGCGCCUCCACGAUGCGAGAUGUGCUACUCCAACGUGUUUCUCUUUCUUCUCGUGAUUUUGGCGGCAAUAUGGUUCUUGAACCUGUACCUCUUCGCACUGCUGAAGUCCCGGGGAUUUCACUUCAACCGAACAACGCUACACGAGGGAUUGUACCUGAGCCACCCGGACAUCCCGCCGAUGGCGAUAACCAUGUACUUGUACCUCACCGCGAUUCUGGUGCUGCUUUGGGGGGCAGGUGCUGAUAUUUGAUUCGAUUUUUUUUUAUCUCAUUUUUCAAUUUCAUGCCUGAAGAUGGAGAAGAAAUGCGUGCUUCUGUGCGUGUAGUUUGUCUAGAAAAUCCAUCCUAAUGAACACAAUAAAUCAUGUUAUUGGAAGUAUACUGCUGUCAUCGCGAUGAACUGGACAUUCGCAUUCGCACAACUUUUCAGGUAUUUACAUUUUCUUCAAAAGCACAACGCAAUGCAUGCGCGGCGGCGCCAGAUUCGCGAGACCAAGGAGUAUGCCCUUGAUGAUCGUGCUUGGAUUAUCAGAGGUCUUUGUACCUGUGUCGCUACUCUUGUUGAGGAGAUGAAAAAAAAAACACUAACGAGGAGGUGAUGCUUGCCUCCUCUGAAAAUUAU